AUGUGUGGCACGGGCGGUGACUGGCUGGAGCUGCGUCGCCAACUGUUGGAUUCAGAUCUCGGCGGAGAGUCGAGCAGCAGCGGCCCGUCAGAAGUCUUGUCAGGUUGGUCACUGUUCGGAUCUCCGACCGACGAUGACGUGGACGGCCCGCCCGAGGGCGCCGACGCCGCCGCCAUAGCUGCUGAUGACAUGAUCGUCGAAGCCCCGCCCGUGGAUGCCAUAGUCGAGGUCCCACCCGCUCAAAGCGGGCGCGGCCGUCCACGUCGGAGAACCGUGAACGCUGUGCUCGCAGAUGUGAUGACACACCACGGCGGCAUCUUGGCGCCGCCAGCGUCUGGGGCGCAGCAGCUCGAGAGCCAGGUCGACCCCGUCGACGGCGGACCCGAGGACAGCAUCGGCGGCGCAGCUCCAGCCAAUAUUAACCCUUUCGUGGUUUCAGAUGCAGAGUCGUUCAGACGCCUGGUGUUAGAGGUGGGCGAUGCAAUCGCCAACAACAUAAGUUUAGACGGCUUGUUGGACCAGACGCACAUGGAGAUCGGCCUGGUCUUCACAGAGGCCGUUCGCUCAGAUGAGACCCAGUUGCCUGCGAGGGGCGCCGCGGGGUCGAACGACGAAGGCAAUAUAUACAACGACUUGCCCGACGAUGCUGACGAGAGGGCGAAGCUGGUCAACACCGAAUGGAACUACGGCAUGUUGUUUGUGAAGCGGGGCAGCGGCGGCCAACCUUCCUCAUACGUCAGUUUCUCAUUCAGUCUCUGCACCCCUGUCCAAGUGGUUUCGAAUACAACUGGAGAAUGUUAUUACGCCGUGCUGCACCAGACCCGCCUGGCCGACGCAGACCGCAUCGUUCAGAAGUUCGCCCGCCACCAGAGGAACACGACCACAGACGGAGACAGGGCGUUCAUCAGAGCUGAGCGUCACCGCUCAUGUGUCUACCCCGACAUGCACUUGCUACAUAAGCUGCGUUGCGUCCAUAGAGCGUCAAAUUGCAAGAAGGAGCCAUUCAAGAAAAAAGUGCCCAGAGAAAUUGAGUGCUACACCAAUCUCGCCCUUGUGAUGCGCAGGGCCUACAACAGCAACACUUUUCGGAGAGAGGUUAAGAAACUUAUACUUGCGCCUGGUCGGUUCACUUACCUGGCGGAGGGGGCCUGCUUGCCAGUGCAUGUGAAACGUCUCGAGCACCUCCUCGACCUUGCGGCGCCGCCCCGCACCCGCAAGAACGUGUGGAGGCGGAGCGUCAUAUGGGCUACGAUCAACGGCGGCAUCGACGGCUCCAGGCUCAUUCACGUUGCGAACUCCCCCAACGGAUGCAGAUCUGAAGAACGAGUUCGGCAAUUGUUGUCCCGCGAUUUCCUCACUGCCAUAUGUCCGCGGGCACCCCGUUCGUUUCCUUGUCGCCAGUGGAAUGGGUGCGAAGAGAUAGUGGAGUAUUUCAUUCUUGUGCAGGGCUUGGGAAUAUUUGCCGACGCAUGGAGCAAGUGGAUUGCCGUGUAUUAUCCCAGCGAGAAGAAGGGCGCACAUCCGAGAGUUGACCUAGACGGCAAGGGCGCGCUCCAAGCGGCCCUGGACUCGAACCCAGCAGGCAUGAGCGUGCCGCAUCUCACCGUCGCAGCGCAGGAAGAGUUGAAAAAGCUCGAACAGAAGAGCCAUAGGGGUACCGUCACGAAGCACUUAGCUACUAUUGGCCCAGAUGAAGUCCUAUCCACUGCCGUCGUCGUGCUGAGAACAAUGAACUUGCACCGCGAUUUCAUCGGUGGGCUGAUCUACUCUUGUGGUGACCAUAAGAAGUUGAAACAGAAAGCGUCAGCAUCCCAGGCGUUGAAGGGCAACCAUGGCCGCACCUUCAUGUAUCAAGUUCUGGAGGCUUACGACGUGGAGUUGGAGACUCGUCUGGUUGACAACGCUUUCUUUCUGAUGUCAGACUCCGCUCAUUGGGAGAGCAUCCCGCUGCGAUGCAGGACUCUGAGGUUGCAGUGCACUGCGUUCCGCUUGCUAUCUCAGGCCGUCUGCACGACAUCACUUAUCAAGUUGGAGAAAACAUGGUAUCCGAAUAAAACGUUUGCUGGCAUCCGCAGCGACGAUGCCAUGCAGGCGGCUCUCGACGAGAAGGAUUGCUUGCUCGACCCCUGGUCGCUGCAGUUCUGCAGGCACCACAGGCACGGGGUCAUCGCAGACGCGCAGCAUGACUUGAUGCACGUGGCUAGCUUGCUCCAUGAGGACACAGUGAAGCAGGAGUGGAGCCAAGGCGUCUUGCGACGCACCAUCGCCUCACGAUCGGUCAACACGUGGGUUGCCAGCCUUUCCCGCAUCAACGUCGAAUGGAUCGGCCAAGGGUUCCGCAGGCUGGCGAGAGCCUUUCGGCAGCUUCGGACACCCAGCUCAAGCAGCCCUGCGGCCGACCAGCCAUGCCAGCAACAAGCCCGCGCUGCUGGCGCCCCGAGCGCCCCGCGGAGGCGGAAGCUGCGGGCUGCCGACGUCUUCUUCAGUCGUGAGUGCGGGCAGGAAGGCAACGCACAGCCCAGCUUCUCGGGGAUGUGGGCGAAGUUCCGCAGGCUGGGCGACGGCGACAUCGACGAGCUCCAGCGGCAGGCGGAUGAGGCCAACGCUGAGGUCAACGAGGGGAGGAGGCCUUUUCCGAUGGGUCGGCGCGAGAUGCAGCGGGCCAGGGCCCGCGCCGACGCAGAGGCAGUUGCCGCGAUGCACGUCCGCGCUCAGCUCGCCGAUGACAGAGUUGGUCAGCCUGCUCCCCUGCACCGCGCCCUGGGGGCCCAUGGGCGCACCCUCGCUGCCGUUGCUGCGGCUGCCCCGUCGGGUGCGUUGGCCGCCAGGCCGAGCGCAGACGCCCUUGCAGUCAUCAAGCGUGCUCUGCGGACCUCUUCGGACUCGGAGCGGCGUGAGGAGAAGGUUGCCGAGCAGCAGGUGGUCGAUUUCGCCGAGAGGGGCGGCCGCGCGGGCGCUCGGGAGCUGGCCCUGGCAGCGGGCCGCGUGGUGCCGCAUGCCGCUGACGCCAGCUUAUUCGUUGCCGACCCGAGGAACGCCCAGUCCGAGGAAGGCGCGCCGAAUUUCUUGCACGCCGAGUGGGCCGACGACUCCGUCUACCAGCGGGCGCAGCGACUCGCUGCGCUGACGGGGCAGACCCGCCCAGUGCGCGCGUUGCGAGGUCUCUUGCAUCGCUUCUGGCAUGGGCUGUCCCGCACAAUAUUGCACAAGGACUGCGAGGUGUUCGACGAGCCACCUGUCCACAGGAGGUGCUGGGAGGCUCGCCGUUGCAUAUGCUGCCCUGAGUCGGCGUCGCUGGUAAAGUUGAGGGCUAACCUCGAGAAGACCACGCGGCGCUUAUACCGCCCUGGAGCUCUUCGGUCCAACGUUGAUUCAGGGUUCAUCGUGUGCUGUUUCAUCGGCUUGGCUGUUCGGCAAGAUGGGGAUGGCGGCCCCGCUGCCGAGUGCGACGAUGGUGCCCUCUACGCGUUCAUGCACGUCGGCUUUCACAGCUGA